GCGACCUUUCCGAAGGAACGAGCGUGACGUCAUCCGUCCUCUAACAGUGAGGAAUUAUGGCAGGGGAAGGCAAAAAACCAGGUAUGACCCAGGAUGAGGCUUCCGCGGGGGUAUCGGGCCCAGUACGAGGUAACCAUGGAGUCUGGCUCUUCUCCAUCAUCGCAGUGAUCGUGUUAGGUUUCUCAGUUUCCGGAGUGUUGUUAUAUAUACAAUUUAAUGAAAUAAGAACUCUGAAAAGUCGCGUGCUGACCCUAGAACUGUCAUCAUGGGCUAGGCAGGACGUCGGAGACCAGGAAGGAACGGUGAGUUUGCUGACCAGUCCAGACUUCUUAGAGUCGCUAGCAGCACACCUACCAAAGAGGAGCCGCCGUCAGACCGCCCCCGACUAUACUGCGUUGCUACAGCAGUUUGCAGCGAGUGAGCUUCAAGUUUUGCGGACGUACUGUACAAACAGUACAAAGAUAUGUGUGCGAGGUCAGCCAGGACAGAAAGGGAACCGAGGCACAGACGGGUUCCCCGGGACCAAAGGAGAAAAAGGACAUUACGGUAUUUCCGGUCCCACGGGACCUCGGGGAUAUGAUGGUACACCAGGACCGCGGGGACCAAAGGGCGAACCGGGAACCAUGUUGCAGGGUAUGACGGGACCCAAAGGAGACAAGGGAGACCGAGGAGAAAUAGGCCCUCAGGGAGCCAUGGGAACCGCCUCCGUGACGUCACCGGUGAACCCAAAUAAGUGCUGCGACAAUCUAUCGGCCCCUCAGUUUUUGCGUCCCCAGACGGCCGUAGUUACCGCCCCUUACGGCUCCUCAGUUAUUCUGCCGUGUAGCGCCGUGGGAUUGCCACAUGCAGAUAUCUCGUGGGUCCCCCCGGUAGAUCCUUUGUCACUCGGGAGGUAUAUCCAGGAGUACAACGGUAUGGAGCUCCAGAACGUCAAGUAUACCGACUCUAUGACGUUUAAGUGUCGAGCUCACAACAUUUUCGGAACCGUGGAGAAAUACAUCAAACUCAUCGUUACAGACAAAGUGACAGCCUCGGUCUCACCGUCUCAGUCGUCAGUUGUGGGCGGGCCAAAUACAAACGUAGAUAUCGUCUGCUCCUGGACCGGAACGCCGCCUCCGAACAUUACGUGGACUCACGUGCUACCUGGCGGAAAAUCUAUUCCGUUGACGGCGGGGACGGCAUUGUCUACCAUAACAAAUACUAGUACACUGCACGUGACGGGAGCUGGAGCGUUAGACGCCGGGAUGUACCAGUGUACAGUAACUAACGGCAUAGAGACGCAAACUAGCACGGCCAACGUAAUCGUCCAAUCAAAGCCAGGCAUACUGACUGGUCCCCUUUCUCAAACCGUGUUGGCGGGGCAGACGAUCGUACUCCGUUGUGACGUCAUUGCCACGCCUCCCGCCAGUGUUGUUUGGACCUACCCUCAUACGGGAACAGCCCCUCCAAAGGACGUGCUUGUAAACCCGGACGGUUCCAUCACCAUCCAGAACAUCAAUGAUUUUAACCAGGGCACGUACACCUGCUCGGCCACGAACGGCCUCGGUACCACCACAGCCACCGGACAGGUCAACGUCAUAUCUCCAGUAACGGUUAGCGUCACUCCAAGUAAACUUCCGGUGCACGCAGGUGAUACAUUUACUCAAAUAGCUUGCUCCGGAACAGGCGAUCCGAAUCCGACAUUGACAUGGACAGCCGAUAAUGGUCAACCGGUGACAUCUAGUGGCGGGAAAUUUCUGUUACUGGGCAACGGAGAACUUAUUAUAACAAAUGUAGACCCUGAUAGUGACUCGGGGAUAUAUACAUGUACUGGGAACAAUGGCAAAGAGACAGCCACGGCUCAAACCAUCGUGUAUAACGAUCUCGGCACACUCUCAUGUACUACGACGUUUGCCGAUUGUUCAACAACAACGGGCAGAGCAUGCGGAGGGCGCUGUCCAGGAAAUUGUGACACACAAGGUGGCGCUGUAUACGGAUAUAAAUUAUAUACGCCGCAAUCGGUGGUGUGUUUGUCAGCAAAACAUGCCGGAACAGCAGGAAAUGACGUCAUCUGGCACAUCAUCAAUGGCGGCAGUACAUACGAGAGUAAAUUAAGCAAUGGAAUCCAAAGUCAAUUUUCCGGUCCUCUAGCAGAAACUGCGCAGAUCUGGGAGGAAUCUUCAGCCCCCGCCCAUCAAGCCGGCGUACCCAUAUUAGGAUAAUGGCUCAGCCCGGCCAGUUGAUAUGCCCAUAUAAGGAUGGCGGGUCUAGUCAUGCUAUCUCAUCACCUCAUCAUCGUCCACGUUGUCGUCGCUAUCACUGUGAGGACUUCUUCAGAUGUAUCAAACAGUUGUUAUUGUGUUGGAUCUUUAAAAUCAUAUAUU